UUGGCUUCCAGAGUUUUUCGCGCCGAUCGGAAGCAGAGGAUCGGCACUUUUCUUUUCGUUCGUUGGCCCGUCCGUGAACUUUAGAGUCGAACGCAACGUGAUGUCAGUGAGGUUCGACUGAAAGUGAAAUUCGUCAAAAUGAGAUCCUCGAUAGCUGGACUGCUGGUGCUAUUUAGCGUGGCAACAACACUGCACGCCGCCACCGAUAAGGUCGUGUGCUAUUUCGGCAGUUGGGCCACGUAUCGCGUUUCAAAUGGAAAAUUUGAUGUGGAGGACAUCGAUCCGAACCUGUGCACGCAUAUUAACUACGCUUUCGUGGGAUUGGAUUCAACCACCAGUGCGGUUAAAAUUUUAGAUUCCUGGAAUGACGUUUCGUUAAAGGGAUUUACGCGGUUUAUCGCACUAAGGUCGAUUAACCCUAAUGUUAAGCUGCUGCUCGCAAUCGGUGGAUGGAACGAGGGUUCCUCUGCUUACUCGAAAAUGGCGUCGUCAUCUACAACCCGCAAAACAUUCAUCGACUCCAUAGUCACGCUUCUUAAGACGUACGGAUUCAAUGGGUUGGAUAUCGAUUGGGAAUAUCCAACUCUCCGCGGUGGAUCGCCGGAUGAUCGGUCGAACUUCGUUACGCUUCUGAGUGAACUGCGCACUCGUUUCAAUACGGAGGGCUAUCUGCUGACCAUUGCGGUCGCUGCAACCAAAGAUUACCAUCGAUCGGCGUACGAUGUUGUGCAAAUAAACAAAUAUGUGGAUUUCGUGAAUGUAAUGACGUACGAUUUGCAUGCCUAUUGGGAUGCCCAGACUGGUCACAACUCACCGCUGUAUGCUGCCACCUGGGAGACGGGUUCUACCACCAGUAUGCUGAACCUGAACGCCUGUGUUCAGGGUUGGCUCGAUGACGGGUUGGAUGCCAGCAAGCUUGUCAUGGGCGUUCCUGCCUAUGGGCACACCUUUACACUAGCUUCAGCAAGCUCUAACGGAGUUGGAGCGCGUACUGUCGGAGCAGGAACGGCUGGUCCAUAUACUUUAGAAGCCGGACUCCUUUCCUACUUGGAAAUCUGUGAACGUUUGAAGACCGGUUACACCACGAGCUGGGAUGACACGCAAAAGGUACCGUACGCAUUCUCGGGAACCCAAUGGAUCUCCUACGAUGAUGCCAACUCGAUUGCUCUCAAAGUCGCCUAUGCAAAGAGUAAAAACCUCGGAGGAAUUAUGAUUUGGUCGCUGGAAUCGGACGAUGAUAAGAAUGUCUGCGGAGGUGGAACGUAUCCAAUCACCAGAACCGUAUACAAUUCUGUGUUUGGAGCGAGCGGGGCAACAACCACCACCACUGCAAAAACUACAACGACCACAGCUGCCACAACUACGACGACUGCUAAAACUACUACGACCGUCAAAACUACCACAGUAGCUGGAACGACUACGACCGCAAAGACAACAACGACUACCAAACCAACAACCACCACAACUACGACCGCUAAGACCACAACGACCACUAAACCAACAACUACUACAAAAGCUACAACCACCACAACCGCAGCUGCGGGCACGCUGGUUUGCAAAAAUGGAUUCGCGAAGGACCCAACUGACUGUCAGUACUUCUAUCAAUGUGAUACAACGGGGAAAGCUGUGCCAUAUUGGCGAUUCAAGUGCCAAACCGGGCUUUACUUUGACGAUAGAUACUCGUACUGCAACUGGGCGUACAUGGUCCCAUGCUAAUCCAAACCAAUAGUGUUAAUCUUACUCUGUAGUUUUGAAACAGCUCACUUUUGUCUACUUAAGGCCUUAUUUUAGUUUAAUGUUGAUAAUAAUAAAAUGAAAACUUGCUAAACAGUUCGAUGUUAUCUGAACUCCCAAGCCUUCGUGUCCGUGCUAUUAGCGAUAUCGA